AGCAGCGCGGGACGGCCGGCAUGGCGUUCCGGCAGGCGCUGCAGCUGGCGGCCUGCGGCCUGGCGGGGGGCUCGGCCGCCGUGCUCUUCUCGGCCGUGGCGGUGGGGAAGCCCCGCGCGGGCGGGGAUGCGGAGCCGCGCGUGGUCGAGCCGCCGGCGUGGGCCGGGGUCGCGCGCCCCGGGCCCGGCGUCUGGGACCCCAACUGGGACAGGCGAGAACCGCUGUCCCUGGUCAACCUGCGGAAGAGGAACCUAGACUCUGGAGAUGACGACGUGGCGUCCAGGAUCGACCACUGCAAAGCCAAGGCCACGCGGCACAUCUUCCUCAUCCGGCACUCCCAGUACCACGUGGAUGCCUCCCGGGACAAGGACCGCACCCUGACACCGCUGGGUCGCGAACAGGCUGAGCUAACUGGUCUCCGACUUGCAAGCAUGGGGUUGAAAUUCAAUAAAAUAGUGCAUUCCUCCAUGACCCGCGCAGUAGAAACCACCAGCAUCAUCAGCAAACACCUGCCAGGCGUUUCCACGGUCAGCACAGACCUGCUGAGGGAAGGUGCCCCCAUUGAGCCUGACCCGCCCGUGUCUCACUGGAAGCCAGAGGCUGUGCAGUAUUACGAAGACGGAGCCAGGAUUGAGGCCGCCUUCCGGAACUACAUCCACCGGGCAGACGCCAAGCAGCAGGAGGACAGUUACGAGAUCUUCAUCUGCCACGCCAACGUCAUCCGCUACAUCGUGUGCCGGGCGCUGCAGUUCCCUCCCGAAGGCUGGCUCCGCCUCUCCCUCAACAAUGGCAGCAUCACCCACCUGGUGGUCCGGCCUGAUGGCCGCGUGGCUCUCCGGGCUCUUGGGGACACAGGGUUCAUGCCUCCCGACAAGAUCUCCCGCUCCUGAGGCCCACUCUCCUCACCCGAGCCCGGCUCUGGCGUGGGAGCCACCAGGGACACAGACGCCUUCCUGCCGUCCCCUCCACAGGCUGCACUGUGGUCACUUCCUUUCUGCAGGACCAGGCGGCGGCGGAGAGAAGUGUCUAAAGCACCGUGUUUCAGUCCUUCCUUGUGGCCCAGGAUGGAGAGGGGAACAUUCAGGUCAGACCAGCCUGAUCUUUUCACAAGGUCUCCUCCGCCAGGACGAGCCUGCGGGGUUGCAGAGGCCUCACAGGUGUCAUGGCAGGGACCACGGCAGGUCCCCGCCAGCCGGUCUUUGGUCUGACUGCAGCUGGCCACGCGAUCCCUUGAACCUCUGUCAGCAAAACCUGUCAGGCACCGGGGACUUGGAGGAGGGCCCAGCAUUUCCAUUCAUAACUUAUUUUGCUUCAUACAUUCUUCUGAGUUCUUAAAGCCCUUCUGUCACUUAAAAGAUUUUCCAUCUCGGUUCCUGCAGUGACAACUGUAUCUCAUUCUUAAGUCACGCACCCCUGACGCAAUUGGAUUUGAACUCACCUACAUGACCGGCCUCUCUGGACACACAGGGGCACCCGAGCAGGUGAGGGAGGGGACACAACCUGCUGUUCCCCUGGGAGCGGGGCCAGGUGGUGUAACAGCCCAGAAGAGAGUCCUGUUUAAGUAAAAUGUCCAACUGACAGCUCGUUCUUUGUUUGCCUCUGGCUGUUCAGCUCUUGUGCUUACAGAUUAAAAUAUUUGGACAUGAUGUGCCCAUCCCAAAUAUUCUAUUAAUUUACAAAAACAAUACAAUUUCUAUGAAGUGGUUAUGAAUAUUUUCUGCACUCAGUGCAACUAAAUAGGAUACUUGAUCUGUUUGUCAACUUUACAAAUAACUACAAAAUAAAAUUUUAUUUUACUGGUU